AUGUCUAACCAGGUGCCGUCGACGAUCGCCCUCCCUACGUUUGACCGGCCUCAAGCAAACACGAACACUGGUUCAUCAUCGAGCCAGCAACAGCCGGCACAACUCCAACAACCACAGCAGCAACAACAGACACAGCAGACACAAACACAGUACUAUGGGUUCUAUGGCGAACAGCCGGAGCAUGGGGCGUGGCCGCUCACCGGGCACAACACGCAGCAGAACCAACCACAGAUGAGCCCCGAAGGACAGCAGGCCGGCCUCUCGGCCGUGCCCAACACAAAUCCCCUUCUCCCGGACGAGUCGCAGCCGGCGCAGCAGUUCCCGACGACGGAGCACUUCACGCCCGCGAACUCGGUGCUCCCGCAAGGGAACGCUUACACAGCGCCGCCGCCCCGGACCCGGACGCAGCCGGCGCCGGACCCCAGCCCCAGGAAAUGCGACAACUGCCGCAAGACCAGGGCCUUCUGCUCGGGCCACGAGCCGUGCAACCACUGCGUCGUCGCGGGCAUCACCUGCUCGUACAACAUGGUGCCCCUGAGGGCGUCGCCGCCGAAGCACCGACGCUCGUCGGACGACGAGGACGCCAACGACACCGGCCAGCGGCAGAAGAGACCCCGGCGGAUCCUGCCGGCACCCCUGCGCGACAACCCGAACCCGCCCCUCUACCGCCGCCGACCGCAGCUCGGGGUCCCCGGAGACGGCCUCUGCGACUGGUGCCGCGAGGGCGGGCAUCAGGACAAGCCCUGCGACGCGGACCACGCCAACGAGAUCGAGUGCUCGCAGUGCACCAAGUACCGCAACCUCACGAACCCGGACCACGUGUGCACGGUGCGCGGCGGCGAGUACUGGCAGAAGCGCUUCGCCAACUCGCGGCCGACGUACUCGCACUUCGACCUCGAGGCCAGCUGUUGCGUGCGGUGCCGGGAGAAGCGCGGGUCCAACCGGCCGACGCUGUGCGACAUUGACGACCGCGUCAAGAUCGGAUGCACGCCCUGCAAGAUCGACGGCGUGCUCUGCGAGAUCUACAACGAGGAGCGGGUGCUGGCUCUCGUGCGCCAGCCCCCGCCGGCGGCCGCCCUCAUGUGGGACCGCCCGGAGCCCCGGGACGGCGUCAUUGCGGCGGACCGCCGGCCGUGGUGGCGCCACAUGUGCCGCGAGUGCUACUCGCAGAUCGGCGAGCGCCGCUGGAAGCCGUGCUCGUGGAUCCUCGACGUGCGCCUGGGCGAGUAUAAGUGCGGCCGCUGCGACGCCAACGGUCUCGCCUGCGUCGACUCCUGGACCGGCGUGCAGUACGACGCGCCGUACACCUACUCGGGCUCCGGCGACAAGGUCACGACGCUGAACAAAUCCGGGCCCCGGACCGGCCGGCACAAGUGCACCAACUGCGCCGCCAAUGACGUCCACUGCCGCGGCUACAACAACGACGACGCCGGCUUCGCGUGCGCCAAGUGCUCCAUCUGGGGCCUGACGUGCCAGAUCCGGCCGCCCGACGGGCUGACGCGCAUGCUGCCGCACAUGGACCGCAGGAUGAUCGGCUACUCGCGCGUCUCGAGCGACCGGGCCACGACCUUCCUCGGGUGCCAGCCGUGCCUCGAGAACGGCGAUAGGUGCGACCGUAAGCGGCCCUGCGACAGCUGCCAUGGCAAGGGGAGGGCGUGCGACCUCUGGAGCAGCGGGACGUGCAAGCGCGGCCGCACCGUCGGCGCCGACACGCCUGACUACUACAUGUCGCUCGGCUACGGGCCCGACGGCGUCAACAGCGGCCGGUGGCACGUACCGGAGGACCAGCUCAUCGGACCCAACAAGCCGAAGCGCGCCGAGGCGAGCGCCGCCUUCAGCACGGCGGCCUACGCCGCCGCGCAGACUCCGUCGAGGCCUGGGGAGGCUCCCAACGUGGCCUCCGGCGUGGGCAACAGGUACAACGCCUUCUUCAACAACCUUUCGCCGCCGAAUGCCUCGAGUAGCGGGAGCACGGUAUCGGCGUCGGCGUCGUCGUCGUCCAACAACCCUGCCAACCAGACGUACUACGGCGACAACAACGCCGCCCAAGAGGCGCUCCAGACAGGCCAGGGCUACGAGACGUGGGUGGGCAACUUCAACGCCCAGCGCGGAGGUCGUCAGCAGACCCCGGGUAGCGAAAACUUCCCUCCGUUCGGGGGACCGCCUCAGAACCGGGACGAGAUGGGGCGGAUCAUGGGUGGCGGCGGCAGCGGCAGCAGCAGCGGUCAAGACACAACAUCCGACAGCGACUUUUACCGCAUGGCCCAGGGGUCCGAGGUCGUUGUGGACCCGGCUCUCGCCAUGGACGUGGACGAGACAGACGUCCAGGAGCAAAACCACGUCGCCGCCGACAUCAGGCAGGCGAUGCACCUCUACGUCAGGGACAUGCGCUUCAUCCCCGUCGAGCUCCGCCAGUUUUCGAUCCCCGAAAUCAUGGACGUCCCGGCCAACGUCAGGCCCGUCCGGGCGCCCCAGCGGGUGCUCCUCGAGCUCGAAGACCACCCGCAGGCGCAGCUGCGUCCGCCGUACCAGACGCAGUGGGACCCCCCCGCGUACGAGAAGAACCUGAGGGAGCUCCUGUGCAAGUGGAAGAGGCCGGGGUACAACGUGCUCUGCGACAUCCCCGACGAGCCCGCCAACUUUGCCGCCGCCUCCGCCGCCGAGUACCAAGAGACACGCUGCGAGGAGAGCCACCCGCAGUGCGGCGCGGUGGUGCGCAACGGCGCGCACUGCGAGAACGUCCAGCACAUGGUCCGCCCGCAGCCGUACGCGGUCUGCGACGGGUGCGACAUGAAGGGCAAGAAGAACCUCUUCGAGGGGCCCUCGCCGCUGACGCGCGGGGAGUUCCUCAACAUGCGGGCCUACGCGUGCUCCGUGUGCGCCGUGACGGAGGAGGCCGGGGCCGAGUUCGGCGGGUCGUGGAGCGGGGCCGGUGCGGCGAAUCCGGUGACGGGGUGCCUCUGCGCGGCCAAGCUGCUCAGCCGGCGGCUGUGCCAGUUCCACCGGUACCGGCUCGCGGCGGCGAUGAUGGUGCAGACCAUGUUUGUGGCAGAGUGGGUCGUGACCAACUUCGGGCCCGACGCGUGCCUCUUCUGCAAGGAGCGGCCGAGCCGGCUCACGACGGACGGCUUCGCCGACGCGCUCGUCUACCUGUGCCUCAACUGCCAGGGCGUCGUCUGCGAGAGCUUCGAGCGGGGCCUGCAUCCGGGCGUGCACGAAUGGUUCGACGGCGUCGAGCCCGUGACGCUCUGGGGGCAGAACUGGGACCCGAUGCCCGGCGUCGUCGUCGAGGAGGUGUUGGAGUAG